AUGUCACUUUUUUUUUUUUUUUUUUUUUUUAGUACGCGAGACGAUCGCGAAACCGGAUCUAGGGAAUGGUGCAAAUUGGCUUACUGGGAAUUGGCUACGAGAGUGGGUAGGCAAUUUUCGGUAGAACCCGAAUCGGUAAAUGUUUUCACGUGUCUACCUCACGGUGACGGACUUUGUCUCACGACGUUAGCCCAAACAGCACCGAAUCCUCCUCCCGAUACGGUUCGACGAACGAGACUCAAAAUUGGAUUAGGAGUCACUCUUAGUUCUGAACAGGAUGGAGUUUGGGUUUACAACCGUUCAGAUAAUCCAAUUUUCGUCAAUUCGCCAACGCUCGACGAUCCCGAUUCUCGAACGCUUCUUGUAUUUAGAGUACCCUCUGGUCAUUGCCUAAACAUAUUCGACAGGACGAAGCCGAAUAGGAGACUUUAUUGCAAUUCGAAUCAUUCUCCCAGUGGUCCGGUCGAUCCUAACUCUGUACGAAUUAGUUUUGCCAAGGGUUGGGGACCAAAAUAUUCUCGCCAAGAGGUCACGUCUUGCCCCUGCUGGUUGGAGAUACUAUUGAAAGCUCCGUGCAGGUGA